CGGUGGUCGUGUGACACACGACGUGUGUAAGGGGAGUAGAUGUUUUUUGGGGUACCUAACCAUUAAGAUCUGUGUACCUGACUUGGAUUUUGGACCAAAAUUUUUGGUGUUUAAUCGUUUAAUGUUUUUAAAGUCAACGAGAAAAUUGAUAUGCAAUUAACUAUAAAAACAUUUGAAUAACUUAAAAAUGAAAAGAUCCUAUUCAAAACUUCCAACAGAAGAAGACAAAAUCGAAUCGGACGAUCUUAUAAAUCGUCUUGAAAUUUCCGUUUCCGAGUCCGAAAAACGAGCUAAUGGAUCCUUAAACUUGAGGGAUUUUUAUACCGUUUAUUUAAUUGAAACCAAGACAAAUGAACCAGAUUUUGAAGACAAGAUAUCCAAACUAACUUCAGUAUGGAGAAGGUAUACAGAGUUCGAGCAAUUAAGGGACUAUUUAGAAAUUACUUAUCCCUAUGUUGUACUCCCACCACUUCCAGAAAAGAAAGUAAUGUUCGGAUGGCAGAAGAUAUCAAGUGAUACUUUUGAUCCUAAUUUUAUUGAUCGAAGGAGAGCAGGGUUAGAGAAUUUUUUACUUCGGAUUGCCAGCCAUCACAUUCUUAAUUGGGAUAAUCAUUUCAUUGAAUUUUUACAGCAUGAAGAUGGGUGGAGAGAAACUUAUAAAGCUAAUGGCUAUCUCCAAAUGGUGGAAAACAAACUGAAAGGCCUAAGUUUAUCUGUCCGUCUAAAAAGGCCCAAUCAGAGAUUCGAGACCUACAAGGAGUACAGCCACACAUUGCAGUCCAACCUGAAUAAUCUUUUAAGGGCAAGGUCUCGUGUUGCCGAAAAACAAUACACAGUCCACAAAUUGCACUCGAACUACGGUAGAGUUUUUAGCGAGUGGAGCGUCAUUGAAAACGAAUUAGGCGACGCCCUUCAAAAAACAGGACACUAUCUGGACUCUCUGGCCUCGUAUAUCGACUCCGGUUUAGAGGACGAAGAACUAUUGGCCGACCAGCUGAAGGAAUACUUAUUUUUUGCAACGUCGCUUCAACAUGUCUGCAAGAAUCACGAUGCACUGCAACUUCAGCUCGAGGAUUCCGAAGAAAACGUCGCCAACAAAAAUAUCGAGAGGACUCGGGUGCAGCAAGGAAAAGUUGGAAUAAUGUCCAGGCUUUUUGGCACUGUAGACACCGAUGAAGUACGAGAAUUAAAAAUAAACGUUUUGGACCAACAGAUACAAGAUGGCGCUGCUUCUGUCAGCUCCAAUCGCGAAACAUUAAGCGAAUUUAAUAUUAAGGCCUUAUGCGACAUUGAACGCUUUCAAAAUCAAAAAUUAAUGGAUUUAAAAGAUACUCUUGGAAACUACGCAUUUCUUCAAUUAAAGAUUGCCAAAAAGGGAUUACAAACAUGGACCCAAAUAAAAGAUUGUCUUCAAAGUGUUCCAUAGAUGAUACAAUAAUACUGAACAAUCAAUUAUCCCAUUGCUGUGUUAUAUUUCAUAUUUAUUUAUUAAUAUUCUAAAUAUACUUAUAUUUAUCACUAAUUAAAUAAAAC